CUGCGGGUGUUGUCCGCCUCUCCCUCUCGCACACGCUCACUCACCGCCGCUUCCAUCUAUCCGAGCAGUUCAUCAAUUAGGCAAAAAUUAAGCCUCUGAGCAUGCAAUAAUUUCUUUUUGGCUCUUCCAGGAGGAUUGUAACCCGCGGACAGAGACCCCCGAGAAGUUUUAAGCGCGGAGGAGGAGGAGGGGGACGAAAAAAGGCGGAGGGAAACGAACCGCAGUCAUGCCCUCAGUGAUGGAGCGCUCGGGGGCCGGGGUCCUGUCGCGGAGCAGAGCCAAAACCGUCACCAACGGCAACAGCCAGCCCCACUCCGAGGAGGAGAGCAGCGAUGAAGAACACGCUCACGACAGCAUGAUCAGAGUCGGAGGAGACUACCAGGCCCAGAUCCCAGAGUUCAAACCAGACAGUCCAGCCCGCUACAACGAGAAGGACCAGAGGAGCAUGUUGGUCUGGUGUCCCGACACUCAGCUCUCUGACGCAAUGUUGGAUGAGUACAUCCUGAUGGCUAAAGAAAAGCACGGAUACAACAUGGAGCAGGCUCUGGGCAUGUUGUUAUGGCACAAACACGACGUGGAGCGCUCGCUGGCCGACUUGGCCAACUUCACGCCCUUCCCAGACGAGUGGACGGUGGAGGAUAAAGUUCUGUUCGAGCAGGCCUUCAGCUUCCACGGAAAGAGCUUCCACCGCAUCCAGCAGAUGCUUCCAGACAAACUGAUCUCCAGCCUGGUGAAGUACUACUACAGCUGGAAGAAGACCCGAACCAGGACCUCCGUCAUGGACCGACAGGCCAGGAGGCUCGUCAGCAAGAGGGAGAAAGAUGACAGCAAUGAUGAUGUUGAGCAAGGAGAGCCGGGCAGUGACAGUGACUUUGAAAUCGAUGCCAAGAAAGAGGCAGUGAAGCAGAACCCCAGCAGCACCUGUACAGAGAAGCCGACCCCCAGUCGGUCCGGCCCGGUGAAGAAGGAGAACAUCGGCGCUCAGUACAGACACCACCCCCUCAGAGCCCGGCGCAGACCACCCAAGGGAAUGCACUUGGAACAGGCUGACAUCACGGCCCUGUCGACCUCCCACGAUGCCGGAGUUCUGUCCGUACGUCAGCUUGACACACACCUGGUGUCGCUCAAGAGACAGGUCCAGUCCGUUAAACAGACCAACAGCAGUUUGAAGCAGGGCCUAGCUGAAGGUGUGGACUCGUUCAAACCCACCGAGCCUGCCCCCAAGAUGAACUCGCGUUGGACCACGGAGGAGCAGCUCCUGGCCGUGCAGGCUAUCCGUCGCUACGGUAAAGACUUCACAGCCAUCGCUGAAGUGAUCGGCACUAAAACUGCAGCUCAGGUGAGCUCGUUCUUCAUCAGCUACCGGCGGCGCUUCAACCUCGACGAGGUGCUGAGGGAGUGGGCGGCCGAGCAGGUGGCCACCAACCGGGACCAGAGAGACUCGAGGAGGAGCAGCGAGGAGGCGGCAGCAGCUGACGGAGGAGUCGAGGAGGAGGAGGUUAAGAUGGAGGACUCUCCCCUGGACACGACCAGCAGCAGCUCCUCUCCUCCCUCCUCCACUCUCACCACCACCUCCUCCUCCCUCUCUCAGCCUCCUCCUCUCCUGCGCCCGGCCCCUCCCUCGGCGCCACCGAGCCUCCUCCGCCAGCCGCCUCCUCUCCAGACACGACCGCUGCAGAACCGAGCGCCACACAACCACCCUCCCCCUCCGCUCAUCCGGCCCGCUGUGACCACCUCCUCUUCCUCCUCUAGCCUCAGGGGUUCUCCUCCCAGCUCCUCCUCCUCUGCAGCUCAGCUGCCUCCGUCACUGGUGGGGAUCAAAGUGGAGCAGCCCAGCUCCCACUGAGAGAAAACCUCCUCUUCAUCACUUUUACCUGGAAUAAUUCAGUCACAUGAUCACACUCAGGUCCUGAAGGUGACACAUACCUACCUCUAACACACACACACACACACACACACACACACACACACACACA